UCGAAUGCGAGACGUGAUCGCUAUCACUCACUCUUGCGCGUUUCAAUUUCAAUUCUAAACUAAAUUUGUAUAUAAAUUACUAUUGACUAUGGAUUAGUACAUUUAAAAAAAAAAGUGAAAUAGAUAAUGUACGUGUUAAGUAAAGUGGGAACGAGACAACUAAUAAAAUGGAAGGAAUAUCGUAUUUACAAUCGUGUUAUGUACAACUCAGGCGCAGGAGUGUUCGGACAUCGACCUAGAGUGGUAAAUGAAACUGAUGUACCUGAAGAUAUUUUAAUAAGGAGAUAUGAGCACUGCCGCGCGCAGCAUCUCAUCAACGCAUACCGUACACAUGGUCACUUGAAAGCCACCAUAGACAAUGUAGAUUAUAAAAAUAAUACUAAACAUAUAAAAGAACUUAAUAUAUCCAGAUAUGGUUUAACAGCGAGCGAUUCCGUGGACUUAGCCCUACUCUGUGGAUACAAUGGGAAACAACCAGUUAAGAAUUUGGUAGAUGAAUUAGAGAAGUUAUACUGCGGACCAAUAUCUUAUGAAUUUUCUUAUUUAGAGACCGAAGCAGAAAGAGAAUGGUUUAUAGAAAGAAUAGAAAGUGGAUCGUAUAAAGUAGACAAAGAGAGGAGAGUGGAAAUAGCCAAAGAGAUGCUACAUUCACAAGUGUGGGACAAGUUUGUGAGCAUAAAGUUUCCAGCUGUCAAACGGUACUGCGGAGAGGGCGCGGAAUCCCUUCUAACAUUCUUCUCCACACUUUUUAGGCUUACAACUGCAGAUGACGUGCAACAUAUAAUAGUAGCAAUGGCCCACAGAGGUAAACUUAACGCCCUGAGCGGUCUACUAAAAUGUCCGCCUGUGAAGAUCUUUCAUAAAUUCAACGGGAAUCCUGAGUUUCCUGACGAUUCGAGAGCAGUAUGCGAUAUUGCAACACAUCUUAGUGCAUCAUCAGAUAUAGCUGUUAAUGGAAAAACUGUUCGCGUCUCUUUAAUCAACAAUCCAUCACAUUUAGAAUGUGCUAACCCAGUAUCGAUGGGCAAAACCAGAUCAAAACAGUUGCAGUAUAAAGAAGGCGACUACUCAAAUGACGGAUCAUCGCGUAUGGGAGACAAGUUUUUAAACGUGCAGAUACACGGAGAUGCAGCUUUCACAGGGCAGGGAGUGAACCAAGAAACUUUAAUGUUGUCUCGCGCGCCGCACUUCGACAUCGGGGGCUCCGUUCACGUUGUCGUUAAUAACCAAGUAGGAUUUACACAACCAGCGGAUCGAGGUCGCUCAUCCCACUAUGUAACUGAUUUAGCCAAAUCUAUAGCAGCGCCCGUUAUACAUGUUAAUGGAGACUACCCUGAGCUUGUCGUAAAGGCGACAAAUAUAGCGUUUGAGUACCAAAGACAAUUCCGCAAAGACGUGUUCAUAGAUUACAACUGCUUUAGACGGCUGGGACAUAAUGAGCUCGACGACCCCACCUUUACCAACCCACUAUUGUACAAGUGUAUAAAUAACCGAAAAACAAUUCCUGAUCUGUAUGCAGAUCAGUUAGUAAAAGAAGGUGUUUUGAACGAUAAUGAUGUAAACACUAUAAUAGAAGAAUAUACGCAGUAUUUACAGCAACAUUAUGAGGCAGUAGGAUCAUAUAAGCCUGAGGUAACCUAUUACCAAGACCAGUGGUCCCACAUGACAGCAGCUCCUUACGCCGUCGAGACUUGGGACACAGGAGUUGACGAGGGUUUACUUAAAACAAUCGGUCAAGCAUCUGUCCGAACGCCCGCUGAUUUCAAUAUUCAUACUCAUCUUGCAAAAACUCAUGUCAAGAAUCGAUUGGCAAAGUUAUCGGAUGGCAGCCAACUGGAUUGGGCAACUGCAGAGGCUUUGGCAUUCGGCUCCCUACUAAUGGAGGGACGACACGUGCGCUUAAGUGGGGAGGACGUUGGCCGAGGAACCUUCUCCCACCGUCACGUGAUGCUCGUCGAUCAACUGACCGAGGGCAUCUACAUACCUCUCAAUCAUAUACAUAAACAGCAACAGGGAUUCUUGGAGGUGGCGAAUUCAAUUCUAUCAGAAGAAGCUGUGUUGGGAUUUGAAUACGGCAUGGCCUACGACUGCCCAGACAAUUUAAUCGUGUGGGAGGCACAGUUUGGGGACUUCUACACCGGCGCACAGAUCAUUGUAGACACUUAUGUAGCAUCGGGUGAAGUAAAAUGGGUCCGCAGCAAUGGUCUUGUAAUGCUGCUCCCCCAUGGAUAUGACGGAGCUGCAUCAGAACACUCCUCGUGCAGGAUCGAGAGGUUCCUGCAACUGACUGAUAGUCUGGAAGCAGCCCCUGACUCGGAGAAUGUGUGUUUGCAUGUAGUAAAUCCAACGACGCCGGCACAGUAUUUCCAUUUGUUGAGGCGACAGGUCGUACGAAACUACAGAAAACCAUUAGUGGUAGCAUCACCAAAGAUUCUUCUUCGGCUAGCUGAUGCUGUCUCCCCACUGUCUGAAUUUGCACCUGGAACAUAUUUUAAACCGGUCAUUGGAGACGAACUCGCAGAGCCAUUAAAAGUGAAGAGAAUCAUAUUUGUAUGUGGAAAGCAUUACUACGAACUCCAUAAAGAGAGGGUGAAGACUAAGGUCGACGAUGUUGCCAUUAUCAGGGUGGAGGCUCUCACGCCGUUCCCUCUGCAGGCAUUGCAGAAGGAGCUGGAGAAAUACCCCAAUGCUAGAAAGUUCAUAUGGAGCCAAGAGGAACACAGAAAUAUGGGAGCGUGGAGUUUCAUCCGGCCGAGAUUCGAGAAUUUACUUGGACGAAAGUUGGUGUAUGCGGGGCGGGCGGAAGCGGCAACACCAGCGGUCGGCACUAGUGCGUUACAUCGUCCGGAAGUCGAACAUGUGCUCAGAGAGCCGUUGUAUAAUAUAAAAUAAUGUAUAUAAAUAAAUAAAUACUCCUUUUGAUAAGAUCUUUAUGUUCUUGUACACAGAAUAGACGUGCCGUGCUACAGGUGUUAGGUAGUCUAAAAAGAAUUAAAAAUUAAAGAAAUAACUAUUAGUAACUCCCGAAUAAAAACAUUUCUGUUACAUCAGCUUUCAAAUAAAAAAACUCAUCAAAAUCGGUCCAUUCCUUUAGAAGCUACAAAAUGCCAUACAGCCAUGUCAAAUCUAUAACACCUCUUUUUGCAUGGGGCAUUAAAAAUCUAGAAAAGAUAGUAAUGGUAGUAAAUUACAAUAAAGUAUUUUGUACUUGAUACAAAAAGUGAUAAUCUCCAGGAUGGAUUAAAUGAAGUCUUAAUACAAAGUACCUUUUUAACCCUCUUUAUUGUCUUGAAGGAUGCCCAAACUCCCAAUUGAUCAGAAUAACUUCCUUUCAAAUAGAAAGAGAAUUAAAC